GGAGGCCAGGUGUUCACACGAUCGUCCAGGUGGCUGUGGCAGACGUAAAUGACGAAUCCGCCCGUCUUCGCUGAUCCCGAUCCCUACGUCACCAUCAUCGAGGAGGACGACAGGCACCUCCCAACUACCCUUAUCAAGGUUGAGGCCAAUGACCCGGACCAGUCGGACGAAUCUGGGCUUUUAUACACUUUGCGGGGAGAUGGGGUUGAUGGUUAUUCUCCGGAAGACGCCUUCUUCAAGAUAAAUCCUCGUACGGGAGACCUUAUGCAGUUGAGGGCACUCGAUCGUGAUCCACCAAAUGGGAAAAGAAUAUGGAAACUGAGAGUCAAAGUCCAGGAUGGUCAGGAACCAUGGAAAGCUGGAAAGCGAAUCAAAGGCACGAAGACCACUUCAGUGAACGAGAGGAAUCGCUUGCCAUCGUGGGACUAUGAAAAUGGGUUUCAAAAUGACCAGCCGAUUGGAGAUGCUCUUGGAGGACCCGAAGAAGUAACUAGGCCUAAAAAAAUCAGUGGUUUUAAAUGGGAAAGUUCCAAAGUUCGUGAAGAUGAAGUCAAGAGUAGACUGUGGGAGACAAAAGGCAAUGGGUAUGAUCGACUUGUGUCAAGUGCAAGAAAACACGCUUGGACGCGAGAAAGAAACCGUAAAUAUAAAGCAAUGCCAAUCUUUUGGACAAAAUCGAAUGACAGGCAAAACCCGCACACACAGCAUUCUUGGAAAUUAAAAGAAAUCAGUUAUAAAGAGACCAAACAGCUAUCCUGGAAUGACCAAGCUAGGUUUGGUAUUCCCAAGUCUGUAUACAAUUACAAGAAUGAGGAAAAUGCUCACCAAAAUAGCUGGGAACUCUCUAAGAGUAUAAGAGACGAGAAAAGAAAAUAUAAAUUGGUCAGUAGACUUGAAUCCAAAGCAAAGGAGACUGAAGAAGUUGAUGAAGCAACAGAAUCGAGCAUCAGUAGCAGGAUAUCCAAUAUUGGUGAUCAUACUUGGCAUGUUAAUCGGCUAAGAGAAAGCCUAAGUGAGUCAACCAACAGAAGAACAGCAGAUGGACACAGAGUAGUAGUUGAAAAUGCAAAACAAGGAAGAGGUUUAGAAGAACAAGGAAUGAAGGACAGAAUUUCACUCAGAAAAUCAAACUCUGGAGGGUUCUUUCUUUCAUCUCCAGACACUUCAAGUGCCAGUGGUAACGAACAAGCUCCUGAACAGAGCAACGAAUUGUCGAAAUCAAGUUUUAACUCUUUUGCACCUGUCAAAAGCCAGAACACAAAAUCAACGAGUCCCAAAGAAAAGGUGAAAAAGAUUUGGGCAAGUGAUAGCGGAAGUCAGCAUAAAAAAUCUAAAUCCAGCAAAGUUUUCCAAAAAGGUGACAGUGUCUGCAAAGGUCAGAUUUCCACAUGUGACCUGAUUCCUGAAGUUAAAACUGCGAAACAAAUCAGAAAGAACACCCCGUCCUCAUGGAGUCUGAAAACAAGAAUUAAAUUCAAUGACGAAACAAAACUUCAUAAAAUUGAGAGCCAUACCGAUGAUUCACUUGCCUACUUUAUUUCUCGUGACAAAUUCAAGAAUCCUCACAUUUCCGGAAAUGCUAAUUUGAAAUCCUCGACCUCUGACUGGGAAGAAAUCGAAAAUUCUGAUGAAGGACAGUUGCGAAAAGAGUCAGAGUUUGUCAAAAAGGCAAAGAGGUCUUCUGAUGGGGUAUUGGAAAGAAAACGUAAAAGCAGUAACAUUUUAUUUGAAAGCAUCUCCACCAUCCAAGUGCCCAUAGAAUCUACAUCAUCUGUGAGUACAGUGAGUAAUUUGGAAAGUAUACAAGAAUCUGGGGACCAAUUUAAAUCUGAUCAUUUAAAUAACAUUAAGGAAAAGAAAAUUGAAAGUUUCCCCAGCCACUCUGUAAAAUCUACAGAGGCAAGUUCUUCGAUGUUAGUUUCAUUAAGUAAUGAUACCAAAAAUACCCCUACAACUCCAUUACCUCAGGGUAAAAUUAACUUUGUAAGAGAAGGAGUCAUUACUGAAAGUGACGUACUUUCCACGGGUGUCACAGCAAGUUCGACUAAAUUAGAUAAGUACUUUCAUAAUAUGAAGUCUGAUUAUUCAAAACCCACAGUCUCACCAAAGUUACUUGAUCAACAAAUGAACAAUUUUACUCACAGAAAUUCCAGCAACACCUCAUCACAUAAAACGACUGAGACUCUAAGAUAUCCAGAGAAUAAAUACCCAAGUUCUCCUGUAGGUCAGACCCAAAACGAGAACCUUUUGUUGACGUCGAGUGGCAAAAGAAAUAUUUCUUUAUCAGAUACUAAGAAUCUUUUCCCUGUCGCCAGAAAGCGACAGAUCAGAUCAAGCACUCAAAGUUACAAGUCAGCUGUCAGAAAGCGAGAGAGCAAAUGGGUUUUGCAGAAACCGAGAGGCAAAGGCUGGCUUUCGAGAGGGGCCAGGGACGUCUUUAUGGAAUCUCCCUUCGAUAUGUUUGACUUGGACGAGGAAGAAUGCUACGAGGCUUCGCAGGUCAGUGGAUCGGUGACCGAUAACGCCGGGAAUCAAAAGGAAAGUCCGGUACAUGAGGUGGAGAUCCUUGUGACAAUCGUUGUCAAGGACAUUAAUGACAACGCGCCUAUUUUCCCCAACGUGACGAUGUUUGGAGAAGUACAGGAAAAUGGGCCAGUGGCCCUCUCGGUGGUGGAAGUGUCCGCCUGGGACGCUGACGACGCCACCGAAGGCACCAACGCCCGCAUCACCUACGCCAUUGAGAAGAACGUCAUCCACGACAAGACCGGAGAGGCCAUCUUCAGCGUGGACCCUCACUCCGGGCUGGUGACGACCGCCCUCUGCUGCCUGGACAGGGAGACGACGCCCGAGUACCACAUUCAAGUGGUGGCUGCCGAUGGAGGAGGACUCAAAGGCACAGGCACAGUGGUCGUUCGCCUGACGGACGAAAACGACAAUUCUCCGCGACUUGCUCGACAAUACUGGGAGCUGGAAGUGGACGAGACGUGGGGGGACGGUCCCCCGAACAACAUGACCCUCCUGGAGAUGACAGCUGCAGAUCCAGACACGAAGAAUCACUUCUCUUACAAGAUCGUUGAGGAAAGCGGUUGGGGGUGGGACCACUUCGGCAUCCGGUCUACUGGGGCAUCCGGUCAGCUCUAUGCCCUGAGGACACUGGAUUAUGAGGACGAUACCCAUCGCCAGGGAUUCAAGUUUAUGGUCCAAGUCACUGAUCGGGGGGAGGGCGGAUUUGUCGACCCCAGACAUCAGGACACGGCCUGGGUGGGCGUAAAACUCCGAGACCUCAACGAUAAUCCACCUCAAUUCGUCCGUCCUCACGCCCACGUGACGAUAAGCGAAGACGCCCCCCUGGGAACUUUGCUGACUUCCGUGUCCGCCCACGAUCCAGAUGUUGGGGGAGCCGGUCAAGUGGACUACUCUGUGGUGGGCGGUUGGAACUCACUCCAGGUGGACAAGAGCGGAGGCGUGAGGCUGUUCCGCCGUUUGGACCGCGAGGCUGAAGGCGGCGCCCUGGGCGUCGCCAAAAUCCUGGGCACAGACAGAGGUGAGCCGCCCCUAACUGCCACCGCUACCCUGACGAUGACGGUCACAGACGUCAACGACUGUCCCCCUCGCCUUCUUCCUCCGGACGUCCUUCACGUGAUAGAGGGCGCCCCUCCCGUCCUGCUCGGUGUCCUGACGGCUACUGACGAUGAUAUAUGGGCGUUGGGGCAUGGACCUCCCUUCAGCAUGUCGCUGUCGCCGUCGAAUCCUCCUUAUGUCACGGAUCUCGUCAGCCUGAAGUUCCAUCAACACGCAGACAGCGGCCGGGGAGGAGCAGAGUUAUGGACCCUAGGAUCUCUGGAUCGCGAGACCCAUCGAACGCUCCCUGUAGAAGUCGUGAUUAGCGACGCAGGAGGACUCAACAGGACACAGACAGUAACAGUUGUCGUCAAUGACCUGAACGACAAUCCCAUGAAGCCAGCUGCUAAGACAGUCUACCUGUGGAAGACCCAGGGCAGCGGAUCAGAGGCGCCCUUAGGUCGCGUGUACGUGGAUGACCCAGACGACUGGGACCUAGCGGACAAGAAGUUCCGGUGGGCCGGGAAGCCUCAUCCCCUCUUCACACUGAACGCCGAUGACGGUUCCAUUUUUGCCUCCAGCCUCGUGCGAGAAGGAAGGUACCUGCUGCACUUUGCGGUGAGUGACCGAGUGUGGAGUCAGGUGGGUGUUGCUGCCAACGUCACUGUGGUGGUCAGGACCUUGACCCACGAUGCCCUGACCCACGCUGCACCAGUCCUCCUGACUCCUGUUACUCCAGCCGACUUGACCAGGGGGUGGACACCCACGACUGGAGGUGGACGUCUUGGAAAACUGCUGGAGGCAGUUCACGACAUCAUUUCGGAAGGUCCCUCCCCCCACAAGGUAGAAGUGGUCAGCGUCUACGGGAACACCGCUCUUCCGGGGAUCACUCCGACGGUCGCCUUCACUUCUCCCAAAAUUGAAUCGUCAUCCAGUCACCUGCAAGAAAGGGAACAGCCAGUUGGUACUAAUUCACCCAGUGAGCAUCCAGCGCCAACUACAUGCGUCUGGGUGAGCGUGAAGGAUGACAAGGAUGCUUUUGUAGACCCUGUCAGGCUACAGGGCUUGUUGUCUCUCCGCAAGGAUAAGCUGGAGAAAGCCACUGGUCUCUCAGUGUCCCUGAAGGACCCGCCCCCUGUCUUCGAUAAGAAAGGCCUCUCGGUCAAGCAGGUCCCUAGGAAGGACACGGUGAGUGGAGGGUAUCACCCAAACCUCGAAGGACCAGAGGACUCUGCUCUCUCUACUCUCAAGUUGUCCUACGAAGACGGAGCCUCUGUGACCUCUCUGGCUUCCACAGCUCUUCCUCUUCAGGUUGUCGACACGAACAUGACCUCGUUGGUGACUCCUCUCCUCAUCCGAAGCCACAAGUGUGUGUCCCAGGAGAGUCCGAGGGGUCACGCCCACGCCUCUUACGACUCUGACACCUGCGCGCCCUCUAGCUGCCUCAACGGAGGCAGGUGCGUCAGAUUCCCUUCUGGAAGCAGGUGCGUGUGUCCGGGAGGAUCCUGGGGUCCUCAGUGCAAGAUCCUCUCCAGGACCUUCCGUGGAUCUGGCUGGGUGUGGUUGAGGCCUCUGCCUCCCUGCCUUCCCACAACGCUGUCCCUUCGUGUCCUGACGCGGAGGCCUCACGGGUUGCUCCUUUAUUCGGGUCCCCUCGCCCCACACUCGGAGCCCUUUGGCUCCUCUUACUGGAGUCUCCCCUCGCCCAUGUUGGCUCUGCAGGUGGUAGAGAGUAAGCCUCAGCUUAUCGUCGAAGGGAUUGGGAGUUCUUUCGUCCUCACAGUCAAUGCGUCGGUCACUGACGGCGAGUGGCACACUGUACACCUUCACUUGCAUCAACAGAGAGUAGCCAUGAUGGUGGACUUCUGUGGGUUGGGGUGGGACGAGAAGGCCAGCGACGAGUCUCAUUGCGUUGCUAGAAAGUCCUGGGGACUUCCAGGAGGUCUGAGAGAGUGGGAGGUACUGGGUCCUCUACAGAUAGGGGGUCUAGCUCAAGGGCCACAGCGACCGAAGGAUUAUGGAUGGAGUCAAUCUCCUACGCCUUAUCCGCUAGAUGGGUGUCUUUCAGACUUGAAUAUAAAUGGUCAGCUAAUGGACUUGGGAGAGCCACCAUGCAGCAAAGACAGCACAGCUGGCUGCCAACCGCAAGAGACAGCAUGUCUAGGUGGCCCGGGAACGUGUGGCAUCAGAGGCGCCUGUUCGGGCGGACUGAAUCACCCUGAGUGCCAUUGUGACCCUGGUUGGACAGGAGUCCGUUGCGACACCCCAACGGCCCCAGCCACUUUGGGCCCAAAGUCGUACAUGAAACUGGCGUUGUCCUUCACCCCUUCGUCAAGAGUGGUGAGCGUCCAGCUGAGGGUCCGGACGCUUGGCGAGUCGACAGGGAUGCUAGUUCGUCUUGCCGCUCAGCACACGCAGCAUUCUUUCACUGUUCACCUUCGAGCUGGGGUGGCCUGUGCGUCAGUGUCGGGCGCAGGGUGGGCAGCCAGGGUUGUAUGCGUCGAGGGCAGAGUCGUAGGAGAUGGUCAGUGGCACACCGUGAGAGCCGAGAGACACGGCCACAGUCUCCUGAUCAGCGUCGACGGAGGAGACGAAGGGCGGGUCAACAGAUCGAUCCCUUCCCUGAUGGCUCCUGGGAGGCCCAGCAGCCUCCAGGAGGAAAGUGCGGGCCCGCCAAUGCCUUUGGAGAUCGACAAGCAUGACGGAGUGACGGUCGGCGGACUUCCCGAGUUCCUGGGCGUCAAACUCGUGACUGUUGCAGAGGACUUGCAAGAUACUUGUAUAGAUGACUUGAGAGUGUCAGAUCGCCAGCUGCCGCUUCCCCCCGCAGUCAACGGCAGCACCUGGGGCCAAGUGACCACCUUAGACGGAUUCAUGAAGGGCUGCAACCCUCCCACCUCCUGUGUGAACGCGACCUGCGAUCCCCCGCUGUCCUGCCACGCCUCCUGGACGCAGCCUUCUUGCAGCUGCGGUUCAGGACGACAUCUGGUGAGAUCUACGUGUGAAGACAUCAACGAGUGCCUGCUCGAGCCGUGUCUGCACGGAGGGACCUGCUAUGACCUAAAGCCCGAUUACCUUUGCCUCUGUGGCCCGAACCACAUCGGCGGCAACUGUGAGUGGACCAAAGUCUCCAGUGCAGGUCACCCUCUAACCGAGCCGGCAGCCAUAGCGGCCGUUGCCCUGUCACUCCUCUUUUUAGUUCUCAUCGGAGUGUUCAUCUCCUUACGACACCACCGACUACGAACAGCCAGGGCUUUGGGUCGCCAGGAGACAGAGGAGAGCGUGGACAAGGACUCCAUCAUAGCCGUCAAAACAGGAUGCAAAGGCUCGGUGAUAACUCUCGACCAAGAGAAAAGGGAAACUUUCCUCGGGCUGAGGGGCCGAUGGAAGGAAACGGACGGAACCAAAGACACAAAAAGAAAAGGACCGGGGGACGAAUCGCACACCACCUUCCUCGAGUUGCUCAAACUCUCUCGGGCCAAACCUGCCAUGGAGACCAAAGAGAACAAAGGAGGUGACGCCGUGACCAGCAGUGGAGUCAGCGCUGCUGUCAUUACUUCCGCCGGGGUCAGUCAUAGUCAGGACACUGCACUGGUGGUACCCUCUCAGCACCAGCACCACCACUUACCAGGGGAAGACCUGAGAAAUUAUGCAUAUGAAGGCGAUGGAUCAUCAUCAGGAUCUCUUACGUCUACUUAUUUCUGGAACGGGAAAGUCGUAGUAUGGUGCUUAACUGGUAGUAGGAGAGCUCUCACACAGUUUUUCUCCAUCUGUUGCUGGCUAGGCUCUCACACAGUUUAUCUCAAUGUAUUGCUUGAAAGAUGUUACCUCAGGCCAUCUGGUGUUCCAAUUGAUUAUUGUGAAGGGGUAUCUCGAAGAGGGAUAUACACCUCUGACAAGAUUUUGAGCAGGUGGCUCGGCCUGACAGGUGGGAAAGGUUGUGGGCAAGGUUGGAAGCUCUUUCUCAACCCCAACGUUCAGUAUGGGCAAGAGCAUCUGGUACUUGUCUCAUAG